AUGGCUGAAGAUGGAAACGACGAGAAUCUUCCGGUUCAAAACCAAGUGCUUAACCGGACCUCCUUCCAUUUCCAACCUCAGAGAAAUUGGCUCAACGAUCCAAACGCGCCAAUGUAUUACAAAGGAUUCUACCAUUUGUUCUACCAGCACAACCCUUUGUCUCCGGAGUUCAGUAGGAGCAUCAUAUGGGGCCACUCUGUUUCACAAGACAUGGUCAACUGGAUCCAACUCCCGCCAGCACUUUCUCCCUCUGAGUCCUACGACAUCAACAGCUGCUGGUCAGGAUCCGCCACGAUCCUCCCCGAUGGCAAACCUGUGAUCUUGUACACCGGAAUCGACAACCAAGAGAGACGGGAAGACAGACGGCAAGUCACAGUUCUUGCUGUACCUAAAGAUGCUUCCGACCCUUUGCUUCGUGAGUGGGUAAAGCCAAAGCAAAACCCUGUCAUGGAUCCAUCAGAGGACGUACUUCAUUACUGUUUCCGUGACCCUACCACUGCAUGGCUAGGUCAAGAUGGGAGAUGGAGAGUUCUCAUAGGAGCUAAGGAGAGAGAUAGUCGAAGAGGAGUAGCUCUUUUGUACCAUAGUACUGAUGAAUGUGUGCAAUGGACAAGGUAUCAAGAACCUUUACUUGUGUCACAAUCCAACGAAAUGUUGGAGUGCGUUGACUUUUUCCCGGUUAAGCUCACGGGAAAAGAAGGUGUAGAUACUUCGGUGAACAAUGCUAGUGUGAGGCAUGUGUUGAAAGUUAGUUUUGAGGAAGAACUUGGAGGCAAAGAUUGUUAUGUUAUUGGCUCAUAUUGUUCCGAGACUGAUAGAUUUGUGCCGGACUCAGAGCUCACUUACACACGUGCUGCUCUGAGAUAUGAUGAUGGAUGGUUUUACGCCUCCAAGUCGUUCUUUGAUAGUGCUAAGAAUAGGAGGAUCAACUGGGGAUGGGUUGUGGAGACUGAUAGUAGAGAAGAUGAUAUUGAGAAAGGAUGGGCUGGCCUUCUGGCUCUUCCUAGGCAAAUGUGGCUGGACACAAGUGGAAAGAGGCUGAUGCAAUGGCCAAUCCAAGAGAUCAAUAAUCUCCGGACUAGACAAGUUAGCUUCCAUAACAGGCAACUCGAAGGCGGCUCGAUGUUUGAAAUCACAGGCAUUACUGCAGCACAAGCAGACGUUGAAGUGACUUUUGACCUGCCUGUUCUGGAAGAUAACCCCCGGAUACGGGACUCAACGCACGUUGCUGAUGCGGUUUUGUUCAAUCGUGGCAACUCGCUUGGAUGUGUUUACGGGCCUUUUGGGUUGCUAGCAUUAGCUUCCAAUGAUUUAUGCGAACAAACUGCGAUCUUCUUCAAGAUUAUUCGUCGCGAAAAUGGAUAUUCGGUUAUAAUGGGCAGCGAUGAGAAUAGAUCUUCGUUGAGAGACAAAGUACACAAAAUUCCGCAUGGAACAUUCCUAGACAUUGAUCCAAGACAUGAGAAGAUCUCAUUAAGAUGUUUGAUCGAUCACUCGAUUAUAGAGAGCUAUGGAGCAGGAGGAAGAAAUGUAAUAACUUCUAGGGUUUAUCCCAAAUUGGCAAUUGGUGAAGCAGCUAAGCUUUACGCGUUUAAUAAUGGAAAGAAGGGUGUGACCAUGUCGUCUCUGGAUGCUUGGAGCAUGAGAAAUGCCCAAAUCAAUACAAAUGCAAUAAUUAUCAAUAAUAGUGAUGAUAAUUAA